UCUCCAGGCCCCUACCACCUACACACUAGCAUUAGCAACUCAGCUCACAGUCACAGAGGAAAAUUUGCUCUGAAACUAUACCUAAAAGCGUAGUAAUAAAAGCCAUAAAGUGAGAAAGAGACAGUCACGAAAAGUUGUCUUGAUUGAUACUGAUCCACCAUGCCUCGUGUUGGGACCACAGUAAAGUCAAGAGGAGUUUCUUGUGCGGUUUAUGGUUGUGAAAGUCGUUUCUACAAACCGAAUAUGUCAAGGUCUCCGUUCCAUUUUUUUCCAUAUCCAGCUAAACACAAACUUCGAGACAGGUGGUGUUUAAAAAUUAAAAAAUACCAUGAUGGUAACAGAUUCACUAGAAAGGACAUUUUCGUUUGUAAUCUGCACUUCAAAGCAGAGGAUUUUACGAGGUCUCUCACAGGAAAAUGGAAACUCAACCCUGGUGCUGAGCCAACAAAUGUUACUGCUGAGACAAAGUCACAGAAAAAAGAAAUGGUUCCUCAAGGGAGUACAGAUGAUCAUGCUGAUUCACGUGUGGAGAUGAAUGGCAACCAACCAGUCGAUGAUGGACAAAGCGUUGCUGGUGAAAAGGAUAAAUUGAAUAAUGAACUGCAGACAGAUACUGACUGUUUAAAAGCACAGGGGAAACAAAUAGUUCCUCCAAGAUCUUCUUUGAAAAAAAAAUCAACAAACAAGAGGAGAAAUACAGAUGCUGAUUCCCAUGUGAAGAUGAAUGGCAACAAACCACUCGAUGGUGGACAAUGCACUGUUGAUGCAAGGGAUAAAUUGAAUAAUGAAUUGAAGGCAGAGAAUGCCCGUUUAAGAGCACAGGUCUCUAAGCUAGAAAGAUCGUGUAAAAGGGUGAAAAUUGAAAGAUAUGAACAAAGUAAGUUCGUCAACACUUUGGAAAAAGAUGACUCCCUAACAAAACAUCAUACUGGAUUUCCAACUUUUUCUCUGCUCCUGGCUAUGCUUUCCUUUUUGGACCCGGACAUGAACAUGAUGACGUACUCUUCAAAAAUAUGUAUGAGAUCUGAGGAUGCAAUCGAUUUUGACCACAACUAUGCAGGUGCUAAAGAAACUCAAAAUAAACCUGAAACAAGACCUGAUCUGACGGCUAAAGAACAAUUUAUCUUAGUGCUAUGUAGACUAAGGCAGGGUUUUUCCUUGAAACAUUUGGGAUAUCUGUUUGGUAUUUCAGAAUCCACUGUCAGUAGCUAUGUUAGCCGCUGGAUUAAUUUCAUGUACUACAGGCUUGAAGUACUGUCCAUUUGGCCUAGCAAAGACGCUGUCCUGAAAAAUAUGCCACAGAUUUUCAGAGAUAAAUAUCCAGACACGAGGGUUGUUCUUGGUUGUUCAGAAAUCUGUGCACAGGUUCCAGAUUCUGCGACUCGACAAAGCAAUUACAAGCAUCAUGUCACAUACAAAGGGCUCCUGGGGAUUGCUCCAAGUGGUGAAAUAACAUUCGUCAGUAAGCUCCAGCCUGCAUCCGUGUCCGAAAGGGAACUAGUCAUCAGAAGUGGUUUCCUUAAUCCAAAUUUGUUUGAGGAAGAUGAUGUUGUAAUGGCCGACCAGGGUUUUACUAUUGAGGAUCUGCUGGAGCCUAUGAAUGUAAAACUUAACACCCCUGCUUUCCUUAAAGGGAGAGGGCAGUUUGAAACAGAAGAGGCCCAUGAAACACAACACAUUGAAGCAGAGAGAAUUCAUGUGGAAAGGGCGAUCGACAAUGUUAAACAAUUUCAAAUUUUGGACAGCCCUAUAGAUGGGUCCUUACACGAGUCCUUGAACCAAAUCUGGACGGUUUGCUGUUUAUUGACUCAUUUCUGUGAAGUUACCGGUAGUAAGAAUGAUUUAGUUGUAUUUCUUUAUCAUGAUAGAGCCAUGUAGUAGUCUGGUUGACUACAUCAUGGAGGAAAUGUUGGAAAUACGAUAUAGAAAGGUUUGCGGUAACACCAUGUAAAGACUAUCUGUAAUGAGUUGGGGUGGUUCUG